CCUGGCUCGGCGGCUCGCGAGGGCAGGGCCCGGGCGGGGUCGCGGAGGGCCGGGACCGGGCGCCCCGCUCCGUCCGCUGCGCCUGAGUCCCUGGGCCUGCUUGGGGGGGGGGGGGUGCGCGCAUCCCGCCGCGGGCGGUGCGAGGCCGAGGGGACCCGGCAGCGGAGCGUGAGGACCAGACACCCCCGCGAUGACCAGUUCCCCCGUCUCCAGAGUCGUCUACAACGGCAAGAGGAACAGUAGCCCCCGCUCUCCCCCCAGCAGCAGCGAGAUCUUCACCCCGGCCCAUGAGGAGAAUGUGCGCUUCAUUUACGAAGCCUGGCAGGGAGUGGAGCGAGACCUGCGGAGCCAGAUGUCGGGCAGCGAGCGGGGCCUGGUGGAGGAGUACGUGGAGAAGGUCCCCAACCCCAGUCUGAAGACCUUCAAGCCCAUCGACCUGGGUGACCUGAAGCGCCGGAGCACGCCUGACGCCAAGAAGUCCUGAAGCCGGUGUCCCCUCCCCACCCCCCCACCCCCCUGCCUCUGGGAGACCCGGGUGCCACCUGAUGUUGGUCUCCUGUGGGCUCAGUUCCUGGGAGGGGGAGGGGCCGUGUGCCCAGGGGGCUGUCAACCCCAGGACCGGGAGGGGCACGAUUGGUGGCCAAGGCCUGCCCUUCCUCCCCGAGCCCCCUCCUUUCCUCCUAGGGGGUCUCGAGCUCCCCCUGCCCCUGGGCGGGUCUGGGCCCUGCCAGCCCCCGCUCUCCCUGUAGUUGUCUCCUCGGAGCUGCCUGCCCCCACCCCAGGGCCUCGGCUCUGACUCCCCUCCACCUCCCGUCACCAUUGCCCCCACCCCCUGCCCCCCGGCCACUUCCAAGGUCAUGAGGGAGACCUGGGGGGCCUGUGCCAUCUCCCAGGCUGGUGGUACUGGGCUGGCCUUGGCCCUGAAGUGGCCAGGAGGCAGGACAAGGGUGGCCCUUCCAUACCUGUUGUAUUCCCUACCAACUCCUGCUGCUUCUCUGGCCUGGACACGUUGGGGAGCAUCUAAUUCUUCACCCCACUGUCCAGACUGGCCCUGUCCUUCCCUGCAUCAGCUUCGGGUUGGCACCAGCCCUCUGGGCCUGGGAUGUUGCGAGCACCCGCUCAGAAGGGGUCCUGGGCUACCAGGCCUAGCCCCUUGUUGCCUGUGGCCCUGUGGCCACAGCAGCCCCCUUGGGCAGGGGUAUGAGGCUGGCCUUGGCCCUGUGCUGUGUGCUGGGACGGUCACCAGGGCCCCCCUUUCUUCCUGUGCUCUCCAAAAGCCAAGUGUCUGUGACUGAAGCCCAAGGACCAGUGAAUAAAGGCGGGUGGCGCUGGA